AAAACAUCUCACUUCAAACAACAACCAAUAGAUGUUUUGGCUGCAGCCGAUAUAGAAAAAAAAAAGUAAAUGGCACUAUAAUUUAAAUAACAAAUCCUUCAGAUAAUCGAUACCAUCAUAAAAUAACUCCUAAUGCGGUUUGUAUUAAUUGUAAGGUUUUUUUACAUGUAGGUGUUAUUUAACCUUGAAUCCUGCAAAUAACGAUGGCAUCAGAAGACGAAAAUCUUUUUACUGAAAGAAAUUCAAGCAAUGAAUCCGUGCAAGUUGUGGUCCGUUGUCGGCCCCUCAGCAAGAAAGAAACCGAAGCAAAAUGCUCGAGUGUCGUCAAAAUGUACCCCUCUAGGGGUGUCAUUGAGGUGGAGAACCCGAGGGCUAGGAGUGAAAACGAGAAAAACAAGAUAUUCACCUACGAUUCGGUCUACGACGAAAGUACCUCCCAGCAAAGCAUAUACGACGAAACGGUGAGACCUUUAAUAGCCUCAGUACUCGAAGGUUACAAUGGCUGUGUAUUCGCAUAUGGACAAACGGGCACCGGAAAAACCUUCACCAUGGAGGGCUUCGACACGGAAGAGGGCAAGGGAAUCAUACCGAGGGCCUUCGAACAGAUCUGGUCCCACAUCGACAGAACCACUGGCGUCGAAUUUUUGGUCAGCGUCAGAUAUUUGGAGAUUUACAUGGAAGAAAUCAGAGAUCUGUUGCGCAUAAAGACCAACAAAACGUACGAACUGCGCGAGGUCUUAGGCCAAGGCGUCGUGGUGGUCAAUCUGCAUUCGCAGACCUGCCAAAGCGCCAAAGAUAUGUUAAAAGCGAUGCGAAUCGGCAACCACAAUCGCACCACCGGCACCACCAACAUGAACGAGCACAGUUCCCGUUCGCACGCCAUCUUUCAAAUCGUCGUCGAAAUGGCCGAGCAACGUACCAAGACCUUUAAAGUGGGCAAAUUGAAUUUGAUCGAUUUGGCGGGCAGCGAGAGACAAUCCAAAACGGGCGCUACCGGGGACAGGUUGAGGGAGGCCACUAAAAUUAACAAGGCUUUGUCUUCUUUGGGUAACGUUAUAUACGGUCUAGCUGAGAAUUCGGCCCACAUUCCAUACAGAGAUUCGAAAUUGACGCGUCUAUUGCAAGAUUCAUUAGGAGGUAACAGCAAAACCAUCAUGAUAGCCAACAUUGGUCCUGCCAAUUUCAAUUACGAGGAGACCAUUAUCACAUUGAGGUACGCCUACCGGGCGAAAUCCAUCAAGAACACCCCCACCAAGAACGAGGACAUCGCCGACGGCCGUUUGCAGGGGCUUCAAAAGGAGAUCGAACGGCUGAAGCAGCUCAUCAUGAAGAAGAGCCAAGGCGAUUUCGACGCGACCGUCGACGACGCCGGCGCCGACGCCGACGCCACCGAUUCCGACGACGACGACGACGCCGACGCCGUCGAGGAGAAGGCGAAGAAACUCGAAUUGGGCAAGAUGGAGGUGGACGAGCUGACGAAGCAACUGAAGAAUUUGGAGAAGCAGAUGGUGCACGGCGGCAAGAAUAUCGUCGAUAGCGUCAACGAGAACGAGGUUAAAUUGGAACAGCAGAGGGCCGAGAUCGCCGCUAGGAAGAAACGCGAGAUAGAAAUGCAACAGAAGCUGGAACUGGAAGAGGAGACUUGCACGGAAUUGAAGCAGGUGUUCGCCAGUUUGCAACAACAAGUCGAUUUCAAAAGGGACAAAUUGAAAAGGCUGAACAAUAAAUUGCAAUCGAUCAGACAAGAGAUUCGCGACAAUCACGAGGUGUACGUGAAAGACAGACAGGAAAUCGAAGAAGCCAACGACGAGACUGCAAUGAACUUGAGAAAAUGGUUUCUGAUCAUCGAUAAUUUCGUACCGACCGAAGAACGCUCGAGACUCAUCAAUUUGGCCCAAUUCGACGAAAAUCUGGACAAUUGGGUGCUUAGAAAAGAAAAAAUCCACAUAAACCCCGCCGAUAGGCCUUCAGCUCACAAUUAUAGAAGGCCCAUUUCGGAUACUGCCCUGCACAUGAGCCAAAACGUUCCUAAAUAUAGAGGGGAAAAUGUGUUAGAUUUGAAGCUGGACAUGCCUUUAAGGACCACACAGGAUUACACUCCGCCUGCUGUAUGUCCUCAAAUAAAAUCAAUCGUCACCGAUGUGAUGAAAAAGGAAAUGGAGAACAGUCGCAUCGUGGUGAAAAUGCCCUCUCACACCAUCGGUAGAACAUUAUCUUCCAAAUUGGAGCAAGAGGGAAAAUACAAGCAGGCGACUAAAAUGAUGGUCGAUAUGCAUAAUUAUAGGAACCGGCCCGGAGCGAAAUCCGCCAAAGCUGCAUUCUAAAAUUUCAGAAACUGAUUCGGAUUUUGGAUUUUUUUUUUAUAAGCUAUUAUUUUUGUGAUAUACAUUCAGUUUGCGCUCGCGUGCAUGCAGCUUAUUUUUUAUGUAUUUGUUAUAUUUAUAAUUUUUUUUUAUAUAAUUAUACAUAUGUUUUAUGGCACCAGUGAUAUAAUUUGAAGUAUUACUAGUAUUACUUUUUUAAGGAGAUAUUUUUUUGAUUUUUAUUGUUUUUGUUUAUCUAGAGAUUUUUCUUUGAAUUAAUAUUCCUACGUGAUUAAUACAGUGUGUCCACGGAUGGGGUUGCCUAUA